GGGCUAAAAUCUGCAAAGGCCAGUGGUGGCAGAUUUUAUUUUAUAUUUUUUUACGAAGUAAAAUAAAAUAAAAUCAUAGGAAGCCUAAGGCGGUCCUAUCCAUGGGCUUGUAAUGCAAGUAAAGCCUUGGUCCGCCAUAUUCCAGGCCCAACCCAUUACUAGCCCUUUCUUCUUCAGGGUUUAGGUGUCAGAAAUGGUGAAGAGCCUGAUCAUGGCGGCUCGCUGUGCCAGGCGAACCCUGCGGCUACCUUCAACUGUUCUCAGUGUUUUCUGUCGACCAUCAUCCUUGGCUUCGGGAGGUACUAAGCUGGGCCCAUCUUCUUCUGCGAAGCCCAUCUCUGCUUCUCGUUCCUCUCACCAGAAGCUUGCUUUCUCAAGGCUUCCCAUCGAGUUGGGUGGAGCGCAGUCUUUGAUGCCGUUGCACAGUGUUACUGCCUCAGCCUUGUUCACUUCGUUGCUGUCUUUGAGCACAAACAAAUGGGGUUGUCUUUCAGCAGAGUUUGCGACACCUCUAUAGCUGUGGGGAUGAGAUCCUCCGUCUAGGUACGUACCUGCCCCCAGCAUUACCAUCGACAGGAGUUUUUCCAUUACUCUUCUCUCUUUAGCAAAACAUAUGGCUGCUGCACUCUCUCCGUUCCCUCUGUUUUGUAAUGACUUAUCAAAUUUUUGUGAUGGGAACAUUCACCCAAUCCCAGGGGGCAAAUUCAGAGAAAUUUGAGGUCCCUAGUGAAACCAUAUCUGCAAUCUGCUUAUGAUUCUUCACUGUUGAAAUUGUUGAGUGUUUAUCAUUGGUCAAUUUAACAACUCCCAUGUUUCAUGUUCCAAAGAACAGGAUCAAUAAUACUUCCUCUUCCAAAGAGUCAUCA